AUGGCAUUGCAGCAGCAUCUUUCUGCCCUUCUUGCUUCAACAGAUGCAGAUGUGGUUGAGGCUUGUCUGCAGACUCUCGCUGCUUUCCUGAAGAAAACCAUUGGAAAGUACUCCAUUCGGGAUGCUUCCUUGAGUUCAAAGCUAUUUUCUCUGGCACAAGGCUGGGGUGGAAAGGAGGAGGGUCUAGGUCUGAUUGCAUGUACUGUUGACAAUGGGUGUGAUCCUGUAGCAUAUGAGUUAGGCUGUUCCCUACAUUUUGAGUUCUAUGGAGCAAAUGAGUCACCACGUGAGUCUCAGCAGACAGAAGAAUCAAUAGGAGGGUUACAAAUCAUUCAUUUACCUAACAUCAACACUCUCCCAGAUACAGAUUUAGAACUUUUGAACAAGUUAGUUGCAGAAUAUAAAGUGCCUCACCGUUUGAGAUUUUCUCUAUUGACGCGGUUACGGUAUGCGAGGGCUUUUGGAUCUUUGGCUUCUCGACAGCAAUACUCAUGCAUUCGUCUAUAUGCCUUCAUAGUUCUCGUUCAAGCAAGUAGUGAUGCUGAAGAUCUAGUUUCUUUUUUCAACUCUGAACCGGAGUUUGUAAAUGAACUAGUUUCCUUGUUGAGCAAUGAAGAUGCAGUACCUGAGAAAAUUCGAAUUCUCUCUCUGCUAGCCUUAGUUGCCCUUUCUCAGGAUCGCUCCCGGCAGCCUAGUGUCCUGGCAGCUGUCACAUCUGGUGGUCACCGUGGCAUUCUAUCCAGCCUCAUGCAGAAAGCUAUUGAUUCUGUUAUGAAUCAAACAUCAAAAUGGUCUGUUGUUUUUGCUGAGGCUUUAUUGUCUCUGGUCACCGUGUUGGUCUCAUCAUCCUCUGGGUGCUCAGCCAUGCGUGAAGCAGGUUUCAUCCCUACCCUUCUACCUCUCCUCAAGGACACAGAUCCACAGCAUUUGCAUUUAGUUGGGACUGCCGUGCAUAUUUUAGAGGCUUUCAUGGAUUACAGUAAUCCAGCUGCUGCAUUGUUCAGAGAGUUGGGUGGUUUAGAUGAUACGAUUUCUCGGCUUAAGGCAGAAGUCUCGUAUAUAGAAAAUGGUCAGGGGCAACAUGGUGAAGAUUCUGAUUCCAGGGAAAGUAGUUUGCCAAUUGUUACAGGUUGCGCUUCAUCUGACCUGGAGAGUAUGCAGCCCCUAUACUCUGAGGCAUUGGUUUCUUAUCACCGGCGUGUGCUUAUGAAAGUACUAUUACGUGCUAUAUCACUGGGAACAUAUGCUCCAGGAAAUACUUCUCGUAUGUGUGGAUCUGAAGAGAGUUUGCUGCCACAGUGCUUGAGCAUCAUAUUUAGAAGAGCCAAGGAUUUUGGCGGUGGGGUGUUUUCACUUGCAGCAACAGUUAUGAGCGAUCUUAUUCAUAAGGAUCCUACCAGUUUCUCUAUCCUAGAUGCAGCUGGUCUUCCUUCUGCAUUUCUGGAUUCUAUAAUGGAUGAUGUUUUAUGCUCUGCUGAAGCCAUAAUUUGCAUACCCCAAUGCUUGGAUGCAUUGUGCCUGAACAACAAUGGCCUUCAGGCAGUAAAAGACCGCAAUGCUUUGAGGUGCUUUGUCAAGAUUUUUACAUCCAGAACUUAUGUGCGUGCCCUUGCGGGGGAUACUCCUGUGUCCUUGUCUAGUGGAUUAGAUGAACUAAUGCGUCAUUCUUCUUCUUUGCGUGGACCUGGAGUGGAUACGUUGAUUGAGAUUUUGAGUAACAUUGCACGAAUCGGUUCUGUGGUGGAUGGUUCUUCCUCAGCUGGCUCUUUGCUAGAUGCUUCUUCCUCAGCCUCUGAGGUUCCGAGCUCCUCUGUUGCUGUUCCCAUGGAAACUGAUUCUGAGGUGGCGAGUCCAGUUCUUCAUGAAGGCAAGGAAGCUACAAAUUCAGAGCAGCAGGCUGCUGAUCAGUCCACUGAUGCUUCGAUAGUGAAUAUAGAGUCAUUCCUACCUGAUUGUGUUGCGAAUGCAGCUCGUCUUCUUGAAACAAUUCUUCAAAAUGCUGAUACAUGUCGUAUUUUUGUAGAGAAGAAGGGGAUAGAUGCAGUCCUUAGUUUAUUUACCUUGCCUUUGCUGCCUGUUUCUUCAUCUAUUGGUCAGAGUAUCUCCAUUGCUUUCAAGAACUUUUCACCGCAACAUUCUGCAUCUUUGGCCAGGGCAGUAUGCUCAUUUUUGAGAGAACUUGUGAAGUCAACUAAUGAACUCUUAGAUUCAGUUAGAGGAACUGAGCUUGCUGUAGUUGACUCUGCGAAACAAACUAAGAUUUUGAAGCACUUCUCAAGCCUUGAGGGUAUAUUGUCUCUGUCAAAUUUCCUGUUGAAAGGUACUGCUAGUGUGGUCUCUGAACUGGGUACUGCAGAUGCUGAAGUCUUGAAGGAUCUUGGGAGGACAUACUGGGAAGUUAUUUGGCAAAUUUCUGCGUACAAUGAUGCGAAAGUGGAAGAGAAGAGAAUUGAAGAGCCUGAACUGGAGAGUGGAGAUGUGUCGUCGUCUAAUGCUGUUGGAAGAGAGGGCAAUGAUGAUGCCAAUAUCCCAGCUGUCAGAUAUAUGAACCCAGUUUCAAUCAGGAGCAGUUCUCAGUCCCUCUGGGGUGGAGAACGCGAAUUCCUAUCAGUUCUUCGCUCUGGUGAAGGCUUACAUCGUCGUAGUAGACAUGGUUUGACACGAAUACGGGGUGGAAGGAGUGGUCGCCACUUGGAUGCUUUAACUACGGACUCUGAGGUUUCGUCCAAUGUAACUGAGUUGACUUCUCAGGAUGUUAAGAAGAAGAGCCCUGAUGUUCUUGUUCCGGAGAUUCUGGACAAGCUGGCUUCCACACUGCGGUCUUUCUUUACAGCCCUUGUCAAGGGAUUCACUUCCCCAAACCGUCGUAGAUCUGAUGUGGGUUCGUUGAGUGCAGCUUCUAAGACUCUUGGUUCUUCAUUGGCCACAAUGUUUCUUGAGUCUCUCAAAUUUUCAGGUUAUUCUACUGCUGUAUCAGUGAAGUGUAGAUAUCUUGGAAAGAUUGUGGAUGACAUGGCAGCACUCACAUGUGACACCAGGCGACGUACCUGUUAUACUAUCAUGAUAAAUAACUUUUAUGUCCAUGGGACCUUUAAGGAGUUGCUCACUACAUUUGCGGCCACCAGCGAAUUGUUGUGGACAUCUCCAUACCCAUACUCAACUUCAGGUCCUGAUGAAGAGAGCGCAACUCAAGAUAGUAAAUUGUCCCACUGUGGCUGGCUGCUAGACACAUUGCAGAGCUAUUGUCGGGUACUGGAGUAUUUCGUCAACUCCACUUUGCUUUUAUCCUCAAGCUCUUCAUCCCAGGCUCAAUUACUUGUUCAACCAGGUGCAGUUGGCUUAUCUAUCGGGCUGUUUCCUGUUCCUCGGGAUCCUGAAGCUUUUGUUCGUAUGCUGCAAUCUCAGGUUCUUGAUGUCAUACUUCCUGUUUGGAACCACCCUAUGUUCCCGAACUGUGGCCCUGCGUUCUCUGCUUCCAUCAUUUCACUGAUAACACAUAUAUACUCGGGUGUUGGUGACAUCAAGAGGAGUCGCAGUGGAGUUGCUGGAAGCAAUAAUCAAAGGUUUAUACCUCCACCUCCUGAUGAAGCUACUAUAGCAACCAUUGUUGAGAUGGGAUUCUCAAGGGCUAGAGCGGAGGAAGCGUUGAGGCGAGUGGAAGCUAAUAGUGUUGAAAUGGCUAUGGAGUGGUUGUUUAGUCAUGCUGAUGAUCCUGUGCAGGAUGAUGAUGAACUGGCUCGUGCGCUUGCUUUAUCACUUGGGAGUUCAUCAGAGGGAUCGAAAAAUGACAAUGUUGAUAAGUCUGCCGAUGUGCCGACAGAAGAAGGGUUAAUAAAGAUGCCUCCUGUCGAUGAUAUCCUUGCUGCAUCUGUUAAGUUAUUCCAGAGUAAUGAGGCAAUGGUAUUCUCAUUUACAGAUUUGUUAGUGACCCUCUGCAAUAGGAACAAAGGAGAAGACCGUCCCAAGGUGGCAUCUUGCCUUUGUGAGCAGUUGAAGCUGUGUCCUUUGGACUUUUCAAAAGAUUCCAGUGCAUUGCGUAUCAUAUCUCAUAUCUUAGCAUUGCUCCUUCAUGAGGAUGGAACCAUCAGAGAAAUCUCAGCACAGAAUGGUCUUGUAUCUACUAUCAUUGAUAUCUUGACAGAUUUCAAGUCUAAAAGUUUGGGAGGGUGUGAAAUUCUUGCCCCAAAAAGCAUCGGAGCAUUACUGCUUAUCUUGGAUUGCAUGCUGCAAUCAAAGCCUAGAAUUCCUCAUGGUACCAUUGAAGGUAAUCCGACAGGACCUACGCCAGACAGCCCACCGUCUAAUAAAAAAUUGGAUUCAGAUGUCUCUGAAAAAGAAUCUGGUACUGUUUUUGAGAGAGUGUUGGGAAAAUCUACUGGAUACCUAACCAUUGAAGAGAGUCAAAAGGUAUUACUAAUUGCUUGUGACCUGAUGAAGCAGCAUGUUCCAGCUGUCAUCAUGCAGGCUGUACUGCAGUUAUGUGCACGUUUGACAAAAACUCAUGCUCUGUCACUGCAAUUUCUUGAAAAUGGAGGGUUAGCUGCUAUUUUCAGUCUACCAAGAAGUUGUUUCUUUCCUGGAUAUGACACUGUUGCAUCUGCAAUCGUCCGUCAUCUUCUCGAAGAUCCUCAAACUUUACAAACCGCCAUGGAACUGGAAAUCAGACAAGCUUUGAAUGGUAGCCGCCAUGGUGGCCGAAUUUCACCAAGGUCAUUUUUGACAUCAAUGGCUCCUGUUAUUUCUAGAGAUCCCGUGGUUUUCAUGAAAGCCGCAGCUGCAGUUUGUCAGGUAGAGUCUUCUGGGGGACGGACCUUAGUGGUUUUGUCAAAGGAAAAAGACAGGGAAAAGGAGAAGUUGAAAGCAUCAGGUGCUGAAGAAUCUAUACGGAUAUCUGAAACUAAGAUUCAUGACAGCCCAGUUAAAUCUGUCAAAGGUCAGAAAAAGAUUCCUUCCAGUCUGACUCAAGUUAUUGAUCAGCUUCUUGACAUAGUAUUGAAGUACCCUUUACCUAAAAGCCGUGAUGAAGUUGGGAGUGAAUCAAUUUCAAUGGAAGUUGAUGAACCCACCAGCAAGGUGAAGGGAAAGGCCAAGGUUGACGAGACAAGGAAGGUGGAAUCAGAAACUGAAAGAUCUGCUGCAUUGGCGAAGGUGACAUUUGUCCUCAAGUUGUUGGGUGAUAUUCUUCUCAUGUACAUGCAUGCAGUUGGAGUCAUUCUGAGAAGGGACUCUGAAUUUUGUCAACUACGGUCAUCCAACCAAGCAGAUAACCCUGAUCAUGGCGGAAUAAUCCACCAUAUCUUGCAUCGGUUGCUUCCAGUGUCUACUGAUAAAUCUGCAGGACCCGAUGAGUGGAGAGACAAGUUGUCAGAAAAAGCUUCAUGGUUCCUGGUAGUUCUUUGUGGCCGAUCUAGUGAGGGACGACGGAGAGUGAUUAACGAACUUGUGAAAGCUAUAUCUUCCUUCUCAAACUUGGAAAGCAAUUCAAACAGAAGCAUUUUAUUGCCGGACAAAGUUAUUUUUGCAUUUGCAGAUUUGGUUUAUUCUGUUUUGUCAAAGAAUGCUUCCUCAAGCACCUUACCCGGGUCUGGAUGCUCUCCGGAUAUAGCAAAAAGCAUGAUAGAUGGUGGUAUUGUGCACUGUCUAACUGGCAUGCUUCAAGUGAUUGACCUUGAUCAUCCUGAUGCUCCCAAGGUUGUUAAUCUUUUACUUAAAUCUUUGGAAAGUCUAACAAGAGCUGCUAAUUCCAACUAUCAAAUUCUUAAAGCUGAGGACCUGAACAAGAAGAAAACUCUAAGUUCAAACGAAAGGCUCGAUGUGCAGACGACUAGGCCAGCUGCUGAGAUUGAAGGGUGUAAUCAGAAUACCAGCGACGCCCGGGAAGUUCAAGGUGAGGAAAGGGUCGAAGAACACAACAACCAAGGAACUUCAGAAAUAGAAGGUAAUGGUAAUCUACAUGCUGAUCAGUCUGGAGAGCAAGACAUGAGAAUCGAAGUGGAAGAGGCAACUAAUCCUUCUCUGGAGAUGGGGAUGGAUUUCAUGAAUGCAGAAAUGGAUGGAGAUGGAGUUUUGCGCAAUGGCGAUCAAAUAGAAAUGACUUUUCAUGUUGAGAACAGGGCAGAUGAUGAUAUGGGUGAUGAGGAUGAUGACAUGGCCGAUGAAGGUGAGGAUGACGAUGAUGAUGAUGCGGAGGACGAGGAUGAAGACAUUGCUGAAGAUGGUGGUGGAAUGAUGUCUCUGGCUGACACGGAUGUGGAAGACCAUGAUGAGACUGGCUUGGGUGAUGAUUACAAUGAUGAGAUGAUUGAUGAAGAGGAUGAUGAUUUUCAUGAGAACCGUGUCAUAGAGGUGAGGUGGAGGGAAGCCCUUGAUGGUUUAGAUCGUUUGCAGGUGCUUGGUCAACCUGGUGGUGGUGGAAGUGGUCUGAUUGAUGUUGCAGCUGAACCUUUUGACGGAGUGAACGUAGAUGAUCUUUUUGGCCUCCGUAGGCCUUUAGGCUUCGAACGGCGGCGGCAGAGUGGUAGGUCUUCUUUUGAACGAUCAGUCUCUCAAGUCAAUGGAUUUCAACAUCCUUUGCUUUUGAGACCAUCCCAAUCUGGAGAUCUUGUGUCAAUUUGGUCAUCAGGGGGCCAUUUAUCCAGAGAUUUAGAAGCUCUCUCAGCUGGCAGUUUUGAUGUUACUCACUUUUAUAUGUUUGAUGCACCAGUACUUCCAUAUGAUCAUGUACCCAGCAAUCUCUUUGGUGAUCGGCUGGGCAGUGCAGCUCCUCCACCUUUGACUGAUUAUUCUGUUGGAAUAGACUCUUCACACCUACAAGGCCGAAGAGGGCCAGGUAAUGGACGUUGGACUGAUGAUGGUCAGCCACAAGCAGGUGCUCAAGCUGCUGUAAUUGCACAAGCAGUGGAGGAACAAUUCCUGUCCCAGUUGCACAGCAUUGCCCCAGCAGGUAGCUCUGCCGAAAGAGAGUCUCAGAGUCUUGAGAUGCAGGAGAAUCAGCCCCCUACAGAGCCUCGCUCUAAUGAUGGACAAAUAGUGAUGGAAGGUAACAAUCCCAGAAUUCAGCAAUCUGAAGUUCAUCAUCAAGAAACCUUAAAUGGAGUGACUGAUCAUCAGUCUAAUCAAGAAGCAGUUGAAAGCAUUCAUCCCCAAGAGCAAGUCACUCAGCAUACUUCUGUUGAAGAUGCACGUGAGCUUCUACUGGUGCAGGAAGGUAUGGUGGAUCAAUCAUCUUCUCUGAGCAGUGCACCUAAUGGAGAUGAGCAAAUGGAGAUAGGGGAAGGUGAUAACAUUACAGGAAAUCAAGUAGGGGCAGUACCAGAGCUUGUGUACUCAUUAGCACAACAUUUUCCUUCUCUUCAACAUGAAGGAGGUCAAGACUCACCGUCUCAUCUCGAAACUCCUGCUCGUGUUCCGAGUGUGGAUUCUGAUGGUUUGUCUAGGGCAGAUGGCCAGUCUCAUGACCAGGUUCUUUCAGGUCCUAUUUCUGGGAGAUCAGAUGCGGAUAAUAAUUGUGAUGAUGUUGAUAUGAAUGGUGUUGAUGCUGGUGGAAGUCUAUCUGAGCAAUCUCCCCCUGUCGCGGGACAAGUAACAGCUGUUGCUCCAGAUGCUAAUCAAACGGAUCAGAAUAGUGUAAAUGGCGAGGGUUCUGCUGCAAAUGCUAUUGACCCGACCUUCUUGGACGCACUGCCAGAAGAUUUGCGGGCAGAAGUUCUUGCUUCUCAGCAAGCUCAAUCUGUGCAGCCUCCAGCUUAUGCACCACCUUCAGUUGAUGAUAUUGAUCCCGAGUUUUUGGCGGCUCUUCCUCCAGAUAUUCAGGCAGAAGUUCUUGCACAACAAAGAGCACAAAGGAUUGCACAACAAGCUGAAGGGCAGCCGGUGGACAUGGAUAACGCUUCAAUAAUUGCUACUUUUCCCGCCGAAUUACGUGAAGAGGUACUUUUGACCUCUUCAGAAGCAGUAUUAUCAGCACUGCCUUCUCCGUUGCUUGCUGAAGCCCAAAUGCUAAGAGACAGGGCAAUGAGUCACUAUCAGGCAAGGAGCCUGUUUGGUAGCAGCCACAGGCUUAGUGGUCGAAGAAAUGGCUUAGGGUUCGACAGGCAGACUGUGAUGGAUAGAGGUGUUGGAGUUUCAAUAGGUCGGAGAGCAACAUCUGCAGUUGCAGAUGGCAUGAGAGUGAAGGAAAUUGAGGGCGAGCCUUUGCUGGAUGCAAAUGCGCUGAGGGCUUUGAUCCGCCUCUUAAGAUUGGCACAGCCCCUGGGGAAAGGACUUCUACAGAGACUAUUGUUAAACCUUUGUGCACAUAGUUCUACAAGGGCAACUCUAGUUCGCCUUUUGGUUGACAUGAUUAAACCUGAAGCAUAUGGAUCACUCAGUGGAUUAGCAAUGCUGAACUCGCAGAGGCUUUAUGGCUGCCAUUCAAAUGUGGUUUAUGGCCGAUCACAGUUGUUGGAUGGUUUGCCUCCCUUGGUGUUGUGUCGGAUUCUUGAGAUUUUGACAUAUUUGGCAACAAACCACUCAUCGAUUGCCAAUAUGUUAUUUCACUUGGACCCUUCUGUCUUGCCGGAGGAGUAUCUUACAAAUGGUUUGCAAUAUAAGACGGACAAAGGUAAAGGGAAACUUGAGGAUGGCAGUGCGUUGUGCAAUCCUUGUGGAGAUACAAAUGAUGUUCCGUUGGUUCUGUUCUUAAAGCUAUUAGAUCGACCACUGUUUUUCCGCAGUGCUGCACACCUUGAGCAGGUUAUGGGCUUACUUCAAGUGGUGGUUUACACAGCGGUAUCAAAUAUAGAAUCCUGUAAGCUACCUAGUGGGGAAGUCAGUGGUGAUGCUCAGACAGAUCAUCAGGCGGAACCAGAAUCUACUCAGGGAGAUAAAGCGGUCCCUGCUGCCGAGUUAUCGAAUUCCAAAAGAAAUAAGAGCACUGAUACAGUCGGUGUUCUCAUGCGGUUGCCUAGAUCUGAUCUGCGGAAUAUGAGUAACCUUCUUGGUCGCGAGGGGCUGUCAGAUAAGGUGUACAUGCUUUCGGGAGAAGUACUGAAGAAGCUGGCGUCGGUUGCUUACCCUCUUCGCAAGUUCUUUACCUCAGAGCUUUCAGAUUUAGCACAUGGUCUGAGUAGUUCAGCUGUUAGUGAGCUUGUUACUCUGAGGAAGACUCACAUGCUAGGUCUUAGUUCUGGGUCUAUGGCUGGAGCAGCAAUAUUACGUGUCCUCCAGGUGCUUAGCUCACUCACCUCACCUAGUGCUCCAGCAGCUGAGAGUGUUGGUGGGGAGCAGGAGGAGCAUGCAUCUAUGUGGAACUUAAACAUUGCACUCGGGCCAUUAUGGCAUGAAUUGAGUGAAUGUAUCAGUGUGACAGAAAUGCACUUAGGCCAGGGCACAUUGAACCAGACUCUUUCUAGCAGUGCCACUUUUGGGGAUCAUGUACAGGGGAGUGUCUCUACAUCGUCUCCUCUUCCUCCUGGAACCCAGAGACUCCUGCCUUUCAUAGAAGCAUUCCUUGUUUUGUGUGAAAAGCUUCAAGCAGAAAUUAAUUCUUCUUCUGUGCAGCAAGAUCAUCAUGCUGAUGACACAACAGCAGGUGAAGUCAAAGAGUCAGGGGCAGGGGAUGCACAUAGAAAGCUCGAUGGUUCAGUUACAUUUGCUCGGUUUGCUGAGAAGCAUCGUAGACUUCUAAAUGCAUUUAUUAGACAGAAUCCUGGGUUACUGGAGAAGUCACUUUCUAUGAUGCUGAAGGCACCAAGAUUAAUAGAUUUUGACAACAAAAAGUCGUAUUUUCGGUCAAGGAUACGACAACAACAUGAGCAACACCUGUCUGGUCCACUGCGGAUCAGUGUCCGAAGGGCAUAUGUGUUGGAGGAUUCUUACAAUCAGCUGAGGAUGCGGCCAACUCAGGAUCUCAGGGGACGAUUGAAUGUGCAGUUCCAAGGGGAAGAGGGCAUUGAUGCCGGAGGUCUGACUAGAGAAUGGUAUCAAAUAUUGUCGAGAGUUAUUUUUGAUAAGGGGGCAUUGCUUUUCACCACUGUGGGAAACAAUGUCACAUUCCAGCCAAAUCCAAAUUCUGUGUAUCAAACUGAGCAUCUUUCCUAUUUCAGAUUCGUUGGCCGUGUGGUUGCAAAAGCAUUGUUUGAUGGCCAGCUCUUGGAUGUAUAUUUCACCCGGUCUUUCUAUAAGCACAUUCUAGGUGUAAAGGUGACUUACCAUGAUAUAGAGGCUGUGGAUCCUGAUUAUUACAAGAAUCUAAAGUGGAUGCUAGAGAAUGAUGUAAGUGAUAUACCGGACUUGACAUUCAGCAUGGAUCCUGAUGAGGAGAAACACAUCCUUUAUGAGAAAAACGAGGUUACUGAUUACGAGCUUAAACCUGGAGGGAGGAAUAUAAGAGUAACCGAAGAGACGAAGCAUGAGUACGUGGACCUUGUUGCGGACCAUAUAUUGACAAAUGCCAUCCGGCCUCAGAUAAACUCCUUCCUGGAUGGUUUCAAUGAACUCAUUCCUCGGGAAUUGAUCUCAAUUUUUAAUGACAAGGAGCUUGAGCUACUGAUCAGUGGACUUCCUGAAAUUGAAUUGGAAGAUCUGAAGGUCAAUACAGAGUAUACUGGAUAUAGUGGUGGUUCCAGUGUUGUUCAGUGGUUCUGGGAAGUAGUUCAAGCUUUCAGCAAAGAAGACAUGGCUAGACUGCUACAAUUCGUCACGGGAACAUCAAAGGUUCCACUGGAAGGUUUCAAGGCGUUGCAGGGCAUCUCUGGUCCUCAAAGGUUCCAGAUACACAAAGCAUAUGGCGCUCCUGAACGCUUGCCUUCGGCUCACACAUGUUUCAAUCAACUAGAUCUUCCGGAGUAUACAUCAAAAGAACAGCUUCGAGAGCGGUUGCUGCUCGCCAUUCACGAGGCCAAUGAAGGUUUUGGCUUUGGCCCCUGCACUCAGCCGCCUGCCUCCUCCCUAGCCGCCUUCACCUUCGUCCAAAAUCUCAAUCUCCAUUUGCUUCACUCUGCUGCCACUCCUCCGCCUUCUCAGCCGCAAUUACAGUUCUUCGAGCCCUGA